UUGCAAGUUAUUUUUAUUUCUUUUACUUUUUUGUAUUUUCCAGCGCUGAGUAUCAAAACUGGAAUAUGUAAUAUCGCCAUUACUACUCCUGGUCUGUUUGCGUGUGAAAAGGUUUCCUUUGAGAAUCCUUUUGAUGGUAGGGACGUGAAAGUUUUCGUUUCUAAAAGCCACGCAACAAAGAGUUCUAGUGGUGGAGAUGGCGCGGCUAUUUGGGUGGAAUCUGUGGAUAAUAAAGAAUUUACAGUUUGUGUUUUGGAGUACGGAGAUGGUUCUAGUGGGACUACGAAAGUGAACUGGAUGGCGCUGCAAUCUGUUCCUGUUGGCGCUCAACUAGACACCGUCUCGUUGGAUUCUUGGACCACUGGAGAAAAGUGUAAAAGGAUCGCCUUUGAAAAGGUUAUCUCUGUUUCCCCUUGCGUUUUCGUUCAUUUAAAUUUGAUAAAUCUGACUGAUUUAGGUAUUUCUGUUUGCUCAAACCUAGACACAAGAUUUCACUACUUUAUUUUUUGGAGCUUUGUUCCCGGGCUCAUAAUGUUCGAAAAGUUCGAGUGGUCAAAUACAUAGUUGUUUAUGGUCAAAUAAAAGCCGCUGAUCAAAAAUAUUGCCACAACCAAACGGCGACGAAAACUCAAAGAAAUAAGCUUUCGAACAAGAGGUUUUGGAGACAAUUUAGAUGAUUUUUGGCCGAGAUAUUGUAGAGCGAAGGUCUUGGAUUUAAGCCGUGUAGUAGAAGCGUAUUUAUAAAUAGAAUUAACUCCAAAUUCUUUAAACGUGGGAAGGAAGAAUAUGCUUUUUCAGUGGACAAAAAAACUCACGAUAGAAAGAUACAUGAAAGAUAAGACUUUGUACUUGAAGAUUUCAUCGCAACCUAAGAGAGUUCCCCAGCGAAAUUGUCAUUAAUUACUGAAGAAAAGAGGGUAAUCGAGGUGGCAGUGCUCCAUUUGCAAAAGAAUCAUAUGGAAGACGCAGGUAAUUUUUUCGUAUUUCUAUUUCCAUAAUCUGGGAAGCUCGAGAUUGGACGGUAGGAGUUUAAGUUUGUCAAAACUAAGAUCUAAAUAAGUCAACCUUUCAGUCUCAAUCGCAACCUAGUGUUCAGGUAUAUCGCACGGCUUGCUGUAUCGCAAAUUAUUUUACUUAUCCCACUGGGCAUUUCUUUGUAAAAUUUUCAUUGUUUUCUGUUGGUGUCCACUGCUACCGCGCGUGCGUGAAGUUAAAUUCUGGCCAUUAACACCGCUGUAUUAAUUAUAUAAUGCGGUUCUUUAUUCGUUUACCAAGAUCUUACAUAUAUUGCAACCGCUAUUUUUUUCCUUCAAAGUUAUCUUCCAAUCUGUCCUCCACUUUUCUUUCAUUUCAAUUUUUUUUAUUUACACUUAAAAAUCUUUAAAACGUUUUACCCAUCUUCAUAGUUUUUUUGCAAAUUUUUGCUUUAAAAAAAUUAGUGAGAAAGUCUAUAUUUCGAUUCUUUUUGUUUCUACAUUGCUAAGUUCAUGAUUAUCGUUUUAUUUACAAAUUCUGUGUUUAAUUCGUAAAACUCUUCCUAGUUUUUCAUCUGCAAAAAUUCUAUCUAAUUUGCUUCUUUUAAUUUCAGAAUGAUUUUUUCUAUCACACUUCCCUCGUUUUAUAUCAUACCCUUGUUUGUUUGAAAAAGAAAUGUUCUUGAUUAUUGAUUUCCUUCUCUUUUACUUUUUCAGCUUUUCUCAAUUCCUCCGAGCAUCUACGCAACAGCUCGUCACCAAAUUCUCAAGAGACCUCAGGACGCCUUGGCAUUGUGGGUAGAGGAUGUACGCAGGGACAGUUUUAAGGUUUGCCUCAGGGAAACUAAGAUUUUUGAUGGGCUGCAUAAAAACAUCAAGGUGGUAAGUGAAUUCCUUUUGUUACCUGUUACAUGUUUGAAAGUAGACACGCAACAAGAUGAUCAUUAACCAAGCGGUUCCUACCUUGCUGCAACUUACAGGGGCUGUGCUCUAGCAGAACCCAGUUGUCCCUAGCGCUCUACCUUCACUUUUUGCCUACUAGGAAAUCGUAGCUUUUUUCAUAGAGAUCCCAAGUUGGGUAACCUGUGAUUUACACGGUUCCAGAGAAAUGGGCUCCUGUCUCUUACAACACAACCUUGACUUGAUAAAGAAUUUAUUGAUAACAUUGUUAAUGCUUUUUCACUUGUCCUUCAGGACUGGAUAGCAUUUGUUAAGCUUAUGACGUUGAAUUCUACCUUGAUCCAUGGCCUUGUAACAACAAAGAAUAACUCACCACUAAACAAGCAACAAAACAACCCUCUCUGUCAGGUAAAGUAACUUUUCAACUAUAUUGUUCUGGUUUCUCAGUCACUUAUAUUCAUAAAUAGAAAAUCUUUCAUAAGUUGAUGGAGCUCUAAUGUUGUUAUUGUCAACUAUUUAAACAACAUAUAUCAUAUACCGCAUAUGUGUAGAAAAACUUAAUAACGCUGAUUCUUUUCUUGUUUUUUUAGAUAAUAAAGUUCACUGGUGCUUUCUAUGCCCCUCCUGUAGUAAUGGUUUCACCAAGACUCAGUUACCAUAACAACAAGGCACGUUUCUCGGCUUCCGGAACUUGUAAUGCAGUUACUGCGUGGGUUCAGGUAACAUAUAUGAAACUUGGAGCCAUUUUUCUUAGUCCAUUGCGUCCUUAGGCUGCCUUCUUAUCUUUUCCCUUUGAACUUUCUUUUAACUAUUCCGGUCUCUUAUCCAAUCUUUCAUGUUGUUUAAGGAGACCAAAAAAGUUUUUCUUUGUUUUCUUUUGUUAUUGUUUUUUUUUCAAUUUUUCCAAUCAACCUGUGCACCCCAUGGUUUUUCUUUCUAAGGGAACGCGUCCAAAUAUCGGUAGGAAACCCGAUCAUGGGAAACGGACCCGAUUAAUUUUCCGAUUGAUCGGAAUCGGUACCGAUCUAUAGGCACCAGUUGCCGUUUCCGAUUACGAUAAAAACUUUGCCGAUUCAAUCGGAGCCGGUUGACAUUCCGAUGUUCAUAUGUGUCAUCGUCACAUUAUUUUAUCUGAUAUGUAAAAUGAAGCGUGUCACGAAACCAAAUAAUGAAAGAGUCGUUUCACUUCAAAGUAAUUUCAAUCGACUGUACCUUUUUCCUACUCCAUAACAAAUAGCAAAAUUGUAUGUUUCUGCAUGUUGUGUUUCGAGUUUGUUGAUUUGAUACGUGCCUAUACACGUGAUUUUCGGCGUUUUGCAGAGGUAUUUCCUUCAGUCGAUCGCAAACACCACGCUGCUCCAUAACAUUUAUUCUAUGAAAAUUAAAAGGAGUUAAAUAUUACGACGCAAAACACCACUGUUCUUCGUUGAUAUAUAGCAAACAAAACACCAUACUGAGUAGUGUGUUCUUUACUCGAUACUAAUUUCUAACAAUGCAAUCCAAAAACACGACCGGAACUCACUUUCUCGAAACACAGCUGGAUUCAUAGACUUGUUACAAGUAGACCUCAACGGGUUUCCUAGCGAGCGGAGCGAGAGCAAAACCAUGGAUAAUGUAAAACCACGGGAUAAACUUUUACGAAAAUUUGCGUCUUUCAUUCAACGAUCCUAAACGCAAGGUGUAAUGCGAUCUGAGGCAAAAAAUACCGACCAAUUACAUUGCGGCCUCAGAUUGUCUCCAGGGAAUUGGCAACAGGAACUGAAAGAUUCCCACACUCGCGAGUCACGGAAGACACGGAACGAAGUUUCAUACAGGAGCUACCAAAGAGAGAAUGGCUUAGCGACUUUGCUGUAUGUUCUGUGAGCUUGAGCAUGGUGCCACGUGAAAUUGCUUUCCACUCUCAGCACUUAGAAAAAUUGGCGCUUGACUCUAGGUGGCUGACUGUUUGACAAAAAUCAGAACCUAUUUUACCGGAGUGUUCAACUAAAGUAAACUGGCAUACAUCCGGUAAGUUCGACUCAAUUUAAUAGCGGAAAGACAAUCGAGAAAGAGAAAACCAGUUGAACGCCUCCAUCAGUCACUUUUUUGAGUUCAUAUGCAACCAAUAAACAACUUGCAGCUUGAUUCUCAGACGAUGUCCUCUUCUCUCCUGUGGCAAUUUAGCAGUUAAAGUACACAACAUGGUAACAACAUUUGCAUUUUGGUCGUGGAUGUUCUGACUUCUAUUUUUUUACAGUCCUAAACUGUUUAUUCCUCCAAAGAUUCCUAUAAUCAUGCGUUUUGGCUUCCGGUUAGCAAAGGCUCAAGCUAUUUUAAAAUUAUCAUUUUUUAAAAUUAUCACAUCGUACACUUGCAAUGUACAUUGCGCCGUCUUUCACUCAAAAGAUGCCUGUUGUUUCUUCUCGCGCCCAUUUUGAUACACAAAUUUUAUAAUAUUUUCUGUUCAUACUCUGUCAUAGGAAAUAAAAACAAAUGUUCGAAACCGUGACGUUAAAUUUCGGUUCAAACAAGACACAUUUAUAAGAAAGAUAAGGUUAUAAAAAACAACAUUCCCGCUUUUGCUUUUGCUUUUGUGACGGGUUAUUUGAGCUGCCAGAUAUUUUUGAUGACCUUUGUUAAUUGGCCCGAUAAAGACUUGAGACCCGUUGCCGAUUCCGUUUCAUUCGGUGCCGAUAAAAUCGGGUCCGACCUUCAACGGAAUCGGAAAAAAUCGGUGCCCAAUUGAUCGGCAUCGGUAUGACCCGAUGCCGAUAUUUGGACGCGUUCCCUAAAUGACCUUGGUAGUGACAUAGUAGUUAAGGUAAGAAAAUACCAGAUGAUGCUUAAUAAUGGAUAAUCUGAUACUUCUAAUGAUUGUGUCUAGCAUACCUUUACAAACGAAACCGAGGUGUGUAUGAGAAGAUACAGCAAUAACGCCAAUUAUAAGGACAUCGUACAACUGGAUUACCUGGUGAUUGGAGGUACGUAAACAAUAUAUUAAAACCUUGGUGAAGGCUGUAUGCUGCAGAGUAUGCAAGUACAGUUUAUGACAUGAAUCUUUUGAAGUCGUUUCAUAGAGAGCUUUAUUUCUCUAAUUAAUGCUAUUUUUUGUUGUCUCUUUUUUGGGGGAUUGUAGAUUUGGUUGACUGAAAGAACACGUUACUGCAAUAACUUCAUCCCAAUAAUUUUGUGUAUUCAAGAAAAUGAGGCUUUUUAGGAAAUUUAAAGUCUAAAUUUCUUUGCCACACUGGUUCUCCUGAUCACGAAAUUAACAGGCUCAUGUGUGAUGUCAUAAGACAAAAAUUCAGGAACUGAAAAAUGGGAUCAUAUGCACUCUUAUCCUUUUCUUAGGGUUGCCAGUGUUCUUGCAUUGAACUGCAAUGCACCUUAUUGGCAUCUUAAAGCUGUUUCAGCUUGUAAAUUGGACGAAAUUUUUGUAGAAUCCACACUUGUUUUCUUCUAUCUAAAGUCACGUGUUCUUUAAUUUACGUUAUAGUUUCUUAAUAUACGUCAGAGCCCCUUUGUUUCCGAGAGGCAUCCGUGUGCAGACUUACACGAAUGGUGUGCCAAAAUGGUGGUAAAUUUGAACGUCUCGAAAAAAUUCUCUUUAAUAACAUUGUGUUCAAAGCAAUUUUUUUUCGCUCACGUUCUCAUAGUAAUGUGCAUUUUCAAUUCCAAAAAAAAAAAUUUUUUUUUUAAGGUAUGGGCACUUUAAAUCUAAUCUGUUGUUAUUUGCUUAAUUUAUCUUCAGACUUGGAUCCUUGCAUAGACAUCACAUGUCAUUAUCACAGCUUCUGUAAGGCGUUUGGACCCCAUGAUGCUCGCUGUGUAUGUGCGAAUAGCUGCCCAUCUUACAAAGAACCCGUUUGCUCAUCAAAUGGCACAACAUACGAUAACAGAUGUUUGUUUGAAAGAGAAGUUUGUCUACUUCGACUAAACUUUACCGUGCAACAUCCUGGCAGCUGUGAAGGUUAGUACAGUUGUUUUUGAAUCUGUUAAAAAGUGAUUUUUGUUUUUAUUAGAUUUCAGUAUUAAUCCUGUAGCGAAUUUUUUGAAUGAGCUAUUUACUUACCCAUGUAGUCUAGAGGGAAAAACGGUGAUGCGUGACUUUACAUAAAUACAGAAUUUUACAUAAUUUUGCUAAAACGUUUGACAGGAGCAAUGCUAAUAAGAAUACUGGUCAAAAAAGUCGUCGUCAUCGUCGUUUGCAUUUCGUACCCAGACGUAGCUCUGCGUAACAUAUCUGGAUAACCUUUCCUAGAGUUAUAUUUUUUUAAGCAUAACUGGAACUGCGCCACUACGUUGUUAUUGCGUUACUUUCAGCGGUAUCUAGCGCGCGCAUGCGCCCGUGGCUCAUCUUUGUAAUUCCAUGCGGUUCUCGUUCGGUCUUCAGUAAACCUUCGUUAAGACACAGUUUGUUCCUUAUUGGCGUGGUGGCAGCGGCUUUUACCCACGUACGGUGGACCCUAACACAAGUGUGGUCGUCUGGAACCUGUGACCCUUAUUUUCACGAAGUGCGAAGAUCAACAAAUCAACGUGAAUUCGCCGUAACCGCUCGUGUAGGAAAACCAACAUGGCCGCCGCUCACAGGGCGCCUAAACAAUGGCAGCUUACGAAAAACGAGACCAUCACCUCGUACGAAAGUUGGAGGCAAAACUUAGUCUACAUCUUAUCCCUGGACAAGAACUUUGUCCCAUUUUUAGAGGCCACAUGGCAAAAACAAACCGCCGCCAACCCUCGAAGAGGCCUUACGAAUGAUGGCACGCCUGUACCUGAGGCACAACGACUUACUGCCGCUCAGAAAAAUGCCCACCUGGAUCUUCUGCUCGGACAGAUUGCCAAUUUUUGCCCCGUGAUCUCCAGGAACUCCAUAGUAAAGCACUCUACCUCUCUGAAUGACAUUUGGCAGAAAAUUCGCCAGCAUUUUGGGUUCCAGUCCUCCGGAGCCCAUUUCCUCGACCUUGCAAGCAUCAGCCUUCAAACUGCUGAGCGACCAGAGGACUUAUUCCAACGCCUCAUGGCCUUCUUCGAAGACAACCUCCUUGCAGUUAAUGGUGGCUUAACCCACCACGGUGAGCAGGUGACCGCAGAUGAAGAUCUUUCCCCAUCGCUCGAGAACACUAUAGUAGUUCUGUGGCUGCAGCUGAUCCACCCUGGCCUACCAUUACUGGUAAAGCAGAAGUAUGGUUCUGAGUUGCGUAACAAGAUCCUUGCCUCACUCAAGCCAGAGAUCUCACAAGCACUUAAUUCCCUCCUUGAUGAACUACGCUCCAUAGAGGACACCAAAGCCAUGCGUAUUAGCAAUGUCAACCCCAGACGCACCUCUAAUGGCGGACAGGGCCAACCACACCGCCGUCCAUUUGUAUCUUGUAUUCUCUGCAAAACCGCUGGACGCCCUCACAACACCCAUGAUCUAAUGGAGUGCCGUUACCUGCCUGAUCGUGACAGGAGACCAUUGGCCCGCUCACGUCUUAUAAACGACGAUCCUGAUGAGUUUGCGACCGGCGACUGUGGCCCUUAUGAUGAGUGUUGCGAUCAUGCCCUCCCGCCUGAGCACAGUGAUGUACCUACUGCACCUACUGCACUCCGUGUCAGCAUCAUUCAAUCACCUGUUCUCAACACCUUUUACCACGAGCACCCCGUGCAGCUCACCCUUGAUACUGGCGCCACGUCUAACAUGGUUCGUGCCUCGUCCGCUAAGUUAUAUGGCCUACCUGUUACCCCAGCUUCUCAGAUGGCCCGCCAGACCGAUGGAGUUACCCCUAUGGAUGUGGUGGGUGAAGUGCAUUGCACUCUCACUCGUGGACAGCAAGCAUUUAAACUAGACGCCCUAGUUGUUCGCCAACUCGAUGUUGACAUUUUAGCGGGAAACCCCUUCCUGGCCCGAAACGACAUCGGCAUCCGUCCUGCCAGGCGCCAAAUUGUAAUCGGCGGGUCUGACGUAAUCCACUAUGGUACUGCUUCCAAACACACUACUCAACCAGCUGUGCGACGCACCCAGUCCUUUCUCCUACGCAACCCGCAACGCACAGUUAUACUGCCAGGAGAGUACGUUCAGCUUGACACCCUUGUGAUUCUGACCCAGAUACGUUAUGGGCCCUUGAACCCCGACUAGACUGUCCAUCCAACACCCCCUCAAGGCAGAAGGAGCAUGGCCCCCACCUCAACAAGUCCUCUCUGUGGACCACGCUGUACGCAUAACCAAUACGACUGACUCUCCUAUACUUCUUCGGACCGGCGAGCAGCUGUGUCAUGUAAGGCAUGUUAUACCUGUUGACAGGAUAGACACCACAUCUGCCACUACCUCUACAGCCACUACUGCCCCUACCUGCUGCCAGCCCUUCUCCACUAAUGUGAUCCUUGACCCCGAUGGCUGCUUAGACGAGGACAUUCGCGACAAGUUCAGAGCACUGAAUCUGGAGUUUGAUGAUGUUUUCAACCCCACUAUCUCGAAAUAUAACGGCGCUAGCGGUACCAUUGAAGCUGUUGUCAACAUUGGUCCCACACUCCCCCCUCAGCGUAAAGGCAGACUCCCACAGUACAACAGAAGCACCCUUGAGGAAUUGCAAGCCAAAUUUGACGAGCUCGAAGUGGCUGGUGUGUUUGCCAGACCUGAACAGGUGAACGUACACGUUGAGUACUUGAAUACCUCCUUCCUUGUUAAGAAACCCAAUGGGGGUAGCAGACUUGUGACAUCCUUCGGCGAAGUUGCCCAGUAUAGCAAGCCCCAGCCUUCUCUAAUGCCUAACGUCGAUGGUGUACUGCGUGAAAUUGGGAAGUGGGAGUAUAUAGUUAUCUCGGACUUGUUAAAGUCGUUCUAUCAAAUUCCACUGGCUCACUCUUCCAUGAAGUACUGUGGGGUAGCCACACCCUUUAAAGGCAUCCGUGUUUAUACCCGCUCUGCUAUGGGCAUGCCUGGGUCGGAAACAUGCCUCGAGGAGCUAAUGUCUCGAGUUCUGGGUGACCUAAUUCAAGAGGGUUGUGUUGCCAAAAUUGCUGAUGACCUGUACGUUGGUGGGAGCAACCCUACAGAUGUCCUUCAUAAUUGGCGGCGCGUUCUUUCCUUGCUUCAACGCAACAAUCUUCGUCUCUCCGCGCCCAAAACACUCAUCUGUCCCAGAAAGGCCACCGUGUUGGGCUGGGUAUGGUCUAAUGGCACCCUACAGGCUAGCCCCCACAAGUUAGCCGCAUUAUCCUCUGUUGAUCCUCCUACUACUGUUCAAGGCCUACGAUCUUUCGUUGGUGCAUACAAGGCGCUCAGCCGAGUACUCCCUAAGUUCGCUGAAUUGCUGGACCCCUUGGAUCAGGCUACCGCUGGAAAGGAAUCUCGAGAAAGACUAGUGUGGUCCGAUGAGUUACUCCUGUCUUUCAAGUCCGCCCAACAUGCCUUGGAAAACCACAAGACCAUCACAAUCCCCCAACCCCGCGACGCUUUGUGGAUCGUGACAGAUGGUUCUGUGAAGAAUAGAGGCAUCGCAGCCACACUCUACACCCACCGGAACGGUAAACUGCUGUUGGCUGUUUUUUUCAGCGCGAAACUGCGAAAGCAUCAAGUGACCUGGCUACCGUGUGAGAUCGAAGCUCUGGCCAUAGCCUCCUCCAUCAAGCACUUCGCCCCUUACAUUAUCCAGUCAUCCCAUACAACCGAAGUUCUGACGGACAGUAGGCCUUGUGUCCAAGCCUACGAUAAGCUUAGGAGAGGAGAGUUCUCAGCCAGCUCCAGAGUUACCACCUUCCUGUCUACAGUCAGCCGCUAUUCUGUCCAUGUGCGCCACAUUGCAGGUGUUGAAAACCUCCCCUCAGAGUUCGCCUGCAGGCACCCAAGAGAAUGCUUGGACUCCAGCUGUCAGAUUUGUCGCUUUAUUGCUGAGUUGGAAGAUUCUGUUGUGCGCAGCAUCUCCGUGAGCGAAGUCCUAGAGGGUUCUGUUCGAAUGCCCUUCACCAGCCGCGCCGCAUGGCAAGCUACCCAGCUGGAAUGCCCUCACCUCCGGCGAACCCAUUCUCACCUCAGUCAAGGUACCCGACCUUCUAAGAAGGCUACCAAAAUAAUUGAUGUCAAACGCUAUCUUCAGGACGUCGUCAUCGCCACUGAUGGUCUUCUCGUUGUCAAAGACCACCCGCCUUUCCAGCCCCCUCGCGAUCGCAUUGUUGUCCCUCGCACUGUUCUUGAUGGACUCCUGACAGCCCUUCACAUCCGUUUCAGUCAUCCUUCCAAGUACCAAACCAAGCGCCUUUUUAGCAGGUACUUCUUUGCUCUGGACCUUGACAAAGCAAUUGAGACUGUCUCUUCCUGCUGUCACACCUGUCAAUCUCUGAAGACUAUCCCUAAACACCUGCACCCGCAGUCAUCUGCCGAUGCUCCUCCUACCAUUGGCGUAUCAUUUGCAGCUGAUGUCGCUAAGCGUCAUCGUCAACUGAUCAUGGUUCUAAGGGAAACAGUGUCUUCGUACACCGUGUCUUCCUUCAUCGCGAGUGAAAAACUCGAAGACCUCCGCAAUGCCAUCAUCAUGCUCUGCUCUCAGCUCCGUUCCCUUCGCGACGGAGGGGUGAUCGUCCGCGUUGAUCCUGCCCCUGGCUUCUCCGCCCUUGCCAAAGACAGAGUACUCCUCUCUUAUGGGAUCACCCUGGAGGUUGGUAGGCCCAAAAACCCUAACAAGAAUCCUGUGGCUGAGCGCGCAAUCGAAGAGCUAGGCUUGGAGAUCCUCAACUUGUCUCCUGAGGGAGGCCCCGUCUCUAAAACUACGCUGUCCUUAGCAACGGCCAAUAUGAACUCUCGCAUCCGCCGUGAUGGCCUCUCAGCUCUUGAGUUGUGGACGCAACGCGACCAGCUCACUGGUGCGCAGCUUCCAAUUGUCGACCGCCAGAUUAUCCUCAGUCAAAACUUUUCCCGCCAGCAGAAUCACAUGCCGAGUGCUAAGUCCAAGGCCCAUGGCUUUACCAAAGCCUCCAUCCCCACUGUCCUUGUUGGUGACCUUGUUUUCAGCAAAGGUGACAAAGACAAACUGAAAGCCCGCGACAAGUAUCUUGUGAUCGGCAUCGAUAAAGACCUUUUCUGUCAGCUCCGCAAGUUUACCAGUUCACAGUUCCGCAGUAAGGUCUACACCAUUCCUAUGUGUGACUGCUACCCUGUCACCCCAACUGUCCUAGCUCAGACUCCACAAGGACCCAUCCGUGGCCAGACCGAAUCCACUGCUUCUGACUCUGACGAUGAUCCUGUUCCCGUCGUCCCUUCACUAAGACCCCCUACAGUGCUUGCUUCUCCACCAGUGGAUACCUAUACUGUUCCGGUACACCACUCAGUGUCUCCAGCUCAUUCUCAGCUACCCGCCCAGGAACACCCCCCAAUUCCUGAAGUCAUUAUGCCUUCUCGGAGUCCUCCACAAGCUCCCCUGGACCCCUCUUUUACUGAUGAUGCACAGCCGACGCCUGCUGCUGUUAUCCCCACUAGGAAAUCUGACCGCUCGCGGAAAGCCCCAUUUUGGCACAAUAAGGACUGGGACUUUGACUAAUAACUCUGCCGUGUACUCUCUAGCCGUAACAACGGUCUUUACCAUGAACUGCGUAUUUUAUAAGCUCACUCGUACCUUAUCAUAAGGGGGAAUACACCCCACCGUUACAUUCAGUUUCAUAUUUAUUCUAGCUCUUUCAUUACUUUUAGCCGUUGUUAUCCUAUGCGGUUUUAGUCUAGUGCUCGUAUCAGUUCAGCCUAUUGUUCAUGUUUUAUUUCUUAGUUAGGGUUAGGAAAGAAGGAGGAGGCAAUCACGCCACUACGUUGUUAUUGCGUUACUUUCAGCGGUAUCUAGCGCGCGCAUGCGCCCGUGGCUCAUCUUUGUAAUUCCAUGCGGUUCUCGUUCGGUCUUCAGUAAACCUUCGUUAAGACACAGUUUGUUCCUUAUUGGCGCUGAAUCUUUUCUCAGCGAGAAGUAGUAGUUACAGUGGAUGUUCAGUUUCCUUUCCUUUAGCGCUAAUAGGCUUGACCAUUUGCCACCGUGUAGCUCUGCUCAAGAUGCAAGUUCUAAUCUCUCCAUGACUGCUUGCCAUGCUAUUGGCCUAAUUCAGUGCCAAGCGACACAUUGUCUGUCUGUGAACUUUCCCCAGGACUUCUAUGGUAGAGAGGAACAACCAUAACAGGCCAGAGCCCCGAUUUUAAUGCGCACCCCAGGAGGCCUAAUCUCCACAACAACCACCGUAGAUCGGUGAUCAGGCUAUUUGGGUAUUAUAAAUUCAUUUCAUGGUCGAUUGAAAAUUUGGAAGUCGAUCUUUGCGGCUGGCUUUGCAAUUGAUAACUACAGUUUUCUCGCAGCAUUUGGAUUAAAUAGGCUUGAUACUCUUUCAAUGGUUUUUUAAGUGCUUUCUUUUAAGAGAACAGUGCUCCGAUGGCUUAUUUAACUUCUUUCAAGAGUAGUAUGCCACGUCAACAUUGGUGACCUUCAAAGCGAAAAUGGCGAGUCGGUGUAUCAAGUUUUUACUGAGGAGCUACAAGUAGGAUUACACUCUCUGCUGGCACAUCUUUCUCCGGUUUGGAAGGAACUCUGGAUGGAAAGAGACCCUGACCAAAGAAAUUUUUAAAUCUUCUCUAUUUGAACGUUUGACAAAGGCAGUCAACAAUGCACAUUUCAUAAUCGCCGGUGUAAACGAAUGCGAGAGCUCGAGCUCUACUUCACAUCUCCUUGAAGAACAGCAAGACCGAUCAUCUGAUUCAAUGGAUGACCUUUUUGAUCAAACGGCGAAGGAUUCAAGUCUUUUUCUCUGGCUUAAGACGAUGUAAGUGUCGAUGUGCCUCCAGUGACAAAUCACUCUCCAAAAAGCCGCCAAGCACUGACAAAACCCCGCAAAAAUCUUAUUCGCUGGCAGGAGCCCAAGAUGCUGGAUUACUCCAUAGGGCCACCCUCUCCCUCAGAGCUUACAGGUGGCGUGCCCGAGAUUCUGAGGUGAAGAUAGUCUUUCUUUUAAAAUGUCAGUCAUAAUCCAAAUUAUUUUUGUAGGUUAUUUUUGUAGUGUCAUUUGUUUUUGAAAUAGGCCAAAUUAUGGGGCUUCUCUCUCCCUCAGAGCUUACAGGCUGCGCACCCAAGAUUCUGAGGUGAUGGUAGUCUCUCUUUUAAAAUGUCCGUCAUUAUCCAAAUUAUUAUUGUAGGUCAUCUUUGUAGUGUCAUUUGUUUUUGACAUAUGCCAGAUUAUGGGGCUACCCUCUCCCUCAGAGCUUACAGGUGGCGUGCCCAAGAUUCUGAGGUGAUGGUAGUCUUUCUUUUAAAAUGUCGGUCAUAGUCCAAAUUAUUUUUGUAGUGUCAUUUGUUUUUGAAAUAGGCCAAAUUAUAGGGCCACCCUCUCCCUCAGAGCUUACAGGUGCCACGCCCAAGAUUCUGAGGUGAAGAUAGUCUUUCAUUUAAAAUGUCGGUCAUUUUUCCAAAUGAUUAUUGUAGGUAAUUUUUGUAGUGUCAUUUGUUUUUGAAAUAGGCCAAAUUAUGGGGCUUCUCUCUCCCUCAGAGCUUACAGGCUGCGCACCCAAGAUUCUGAGGUGAUGGUAGUCUCUCUUUUAAAAUGUCGGUCAUUAUCCAAAUUAUUAUUGUAGGUCAUCUUUGUAGUGUCAUUUGUUUUUGACAUAGGCCAAAUUAUGGGGCUACCCUCUCCCUCAGAGCUUACAGGCUGCGCACCCAAGAUUCUGAGGUGAUGGUAGUCUCUCUUUUAAAAUGUCCGUCAUUAUCCAAAUUAUUAUUGUAGGUCAUCUUUGUCGUGUCAUUUGUUUUUGACAUAUGCCAAAUUAUAGGGCUACCCUCUCCCUCAGAGCUUACAGGCGGCGUGCCCAAGAUUCUGAGGUGAUGGUAGUCUUUCUUUUAAAAUGUCGGUCAUAGUCCAAAUUAUUUUUGUAGUGUCAUCUGUUUUUGAAAUAGGCCAAAUUAUAGGGCUACCCUCUCCCUCAGAGCUUACAGGUGCCACGCCCAAGAUUCUGAGGUGAAGAUAGUCUUUCAUUUAAAAUGUCGGUCAUUUAUCCAAAUGAUUAUUGUAGGUAAUUUUUGUAGUGUCAUUUGUUUUUGAAAUAGGCCAAAUUAUAGGGCUACCCUCUCCCUCAGAGCUUACAGGCGCCACGCCCAAGAUUCUGUGGUGAAGAUAGUCUUUCAUUUAAAAUGUCGGUCAUUUAUCCAAAUGAUUAUUGUAGGUAAUUUUUGUAGUGUCAUUUGUUUUUGAAAUAGGCCAAAUUAUAGGGCUACCCUUUUCCUUCAGAGCUUACAGGCGGCAUGCCCAAGAUUCUGAGGUAAUGGUAGUCUUUCUUUUAAAGUGUCGGUCACAGUCCAAAUUUUUUUUGUAGUGUCAUUUGUUUUUGAAAUAGGCCAAAUUAUAGGGCUACCCUCUCCCUCAGAGCUUACAGGCGCCACGCCCAAGAUUCUGAGGUGAAGAUAGUCUUUCAUUUAAAAUGUCGGUCAUUUAUCCAAAUGAUUAUUGUAGGUAAUUUUUGUAGUGUCAUUUGUUUUUGAAAUAGGCCAGAUUAAUUAUGGGGCUACCCUCUCCGUCAGAGCUUACAGGCGGCGCGCCCAAGAUUCUGAGGUGAUGGUAGUCUCUCUUUUAAAAUGUCGGUCAUAAUCCAAAUUAUUUUUGUAGGUUAUUUUUGUAGUGUCAUUUGUUUUUGAAAUAAGCCAAAUUAUGGGGCUUCCCUCUCCCUCAGAGCUUACAGGCGGCGCGCCCAAGAUUCUGAGGUGAUGGUAGUCUCUCUUUCUAAAUGUUGGUCAUUAUCUAAAUUAUUAUUGUAGGUUAUCUUUGUACUGUCAUUUGUUUUGAAAUAGGCCAAAUUAUGGGGCUAUCCUCUAAGACCAUUGCAGGAAAACUGUUUGGUACCAGAAGAGUAAAAUGGUGGCUUUCGGUGCUUUACCUGUCUGAUGCUCGGUAUGUCACUGCGAAACUGCGCAACAGAAUGCGCGAAAAACCCCUCCGGUACUUUUUUUUUUUUUUUUUUUGAUAUCCACCUAAAAGCCUGAGCGAUGUGAUUUAGUAACUUAUUCAUAGUGUUCAGCUUCCGGUUUAUUCAGCUUAUUGCCAGUUGUAGGCAAAGUUCACGCGCACAUUAGAAAUAUAAAUUGCCCACACUGAUCACCAAUUCUACUUGCAAAGUGUUGCUGAUUGAGUUGUGUAAUGUAUUCUAGAGAGUAAAUUUAGUACUAACCUCGCAGACAAUGAUGUAUUGAGACAUUUAUUUGCGUAGUUAGGCCUGCUAUUCAUUGGGCAAGCAUCCCUUUUCUUUUCUUUCGAUAGCCUGUCCAUGCACUAACCUUUGGGUACAGAAACUAGCUGCCUCUCGUUGUACCAAAACUUGGUAGUUUUGGUGUUCAAUAUUUUUAACGGGUGCUCACAAAACACCGGGACUGCAUCGUGCGCCUUUGGCGCUUUGGUACCCUGCGAGCUUUGGUUCAUCGUGUUUUGAAAGAUGGAAAUUUUGAUAUUCCCGCGUAAAAGAAGACUGAUAAAACGUGUCUUUCAUUGACUACAGUAAAACGUCCGGAAAUAAAGGAUGUUUUGAAAGAAACAGGAAAAUUGAUAAAAGUAAAUAUUUGUUUUGAUAAGUGAAAUUAAUGAGAAAUAACCAUAAACUAGUUUUGUUUUUUUGUUUUUUAAAAGCGGUUUGUCCGGUACCAGAUUUGUACAAUUACUUUCAAUCAAACAUGGAUCGGGUUUUGAUAAUGAUGACAGCAUUAUGUUGACAGCUACAAGGCACAUGCUUGCCUAAGCUGCGAGUAUCCCGCCAUGUUUUAAACAAAGGGCUUCUGACCAAGCCGGCAUUCUAAUCCGCCACAAAUAUGUGAAGCACGCGUCUUUCAAAGUCGCCUAGUACUUAAAAUCGGGGCUCUGGCCUGUUAUAUCUCUUUCUAAGAACCACUCAUUUGCUGCUUUGUUAACAUUUUUAAGUUCUGGGUAAAUGCCCUUUGCUCCGCAUGCUUGUCAUAAUAAUCCAUAGUUCAUCUUGAAAUGUGUUUUCUAGGAUUUCCUUUUCAGCGUGGUCGUCGCCACAUGCCACAUAUUCCAUCCUUGGGCUACUCUCACUGUCAUUCCAUUCAUUUCAAACCGUUUGUGUUUUACCCUGACAAACCCAUUCAAGUGCAGAUAACUAUCAAUCAUAUGGAUACCAGUGACAAAUCGUAUGUCCAUGACGCGGCAGUAUCGUGGGUUGAAAAUGUGAAUAACGACGGAUUCACUGCUUGUGUGAUGGCGGCAGGAUAUAACGAACGAAAGUCGUAUGCUAACGUGACAGUUGAUUGGAUGGCGUACCAAGGUGCUCCAGUGGGUGGCGUGGCUGGUGAAGUGCGCAUGUCACAGUGGUGGACUGGUAACACUUGUGCGACUGUCAUGUUUCCUACAGUGAGUGACCUUUGUUGGGUUUUCUUGUCCUUUCCAUUCUUUUCAAGAUCACAUCUUUUGAAACGCCUCACUUCUACUGAGGUCACUCAGUUAAUAACAGAUCGUUUUUAAUAUGCAUCAGAAUUUGGUGCAGCCAUACACUUAUGACCAAUAGUCGAACAAUGUCAUGGUAGUACAAAUGGUGGGGGUAGGGAAUUUUCGAGCCGCAGGAAUUUUUUUUCGUUAUCAAACUCCUUGUAUGAAUUUUUUUUUAGGCCAUAGCAUGAUUAUUUUUUAGGGUUAAUUGACGUGCAUGAAUUUUUUUUCAUUUAAUUUUCCCUUGCGCGAAUAUUUUUUUUUUGUACUUCGCCCGCCAACCCCCUCAUAAGUUUUCUUAUGGUCCGUCCCUAAUUUCCAGCAUAUCGCAAAUGUCAUGGGUUACUUUUUGGCGUUUAUGUUACAAGAAAUGUGCAAAAAUACGAAAUUGAUUCCUGUUCGUUGCUUUCUAAAAGUUAAGAGUUGCCUAACUCGGGUUUAUUUUUCAGGGAAAAUUCUCUGUGAUAUCGUCGGUAUUUGUGACUGCCAAGCAUUACAAUCCAGGAUUAAAACGUGACGCAGCAAGUGUAUGGAUUGAAGAUGUCACACAAUCAUCCUGCAAAGUUUGCUUGAGAGAAUUGCAAAACUACGCUGGAUCACACCAAGACAUUGUUGUUGUAAGUAACGCUAAUCUCAUGGGACGAACAGCUUUUUUGUUUGAAACUAAGUGCCGUAGACUGGUAUCUUUCUCCAUCUCUUAUUUUCUCCUUUUUACGCUUCCAGCAGUCGUUCCAGGUUCUCUUGGUCUUUUUUCUGCAAGUUUUCAUCCGGCUUAACCGCACCUACCCAUGUUAUUUCUUUCUUGUAACCUAAGAUGUCGGUGGCUGUUUUAUAUAAACCUUCUUGAUAGAUUACCACGUAUUUUCGACGCUGACACAACCUUGUGGUAGUUAGGACGUGUGACUUAAAAAGAAUUCGUUCUUUUUAUUGUUAUUUAUUUAUUUAUUUAUUACCUCCUUUAUUUCAGAAUUGGUUAGCGUUUUCAUAUCUUGACGAGCCUCCCUUCUCAGAACACAACUCGAUUUACUUUGCAAAUGAUAAACCUCCCGCUCAGAGUCAUUAUAAUGCCUUCUGCAAGGUCAGUAUUCCAGUCCUUUUUCAGUCUUUUGACUUUCAAUUCCCUUCACAGUGCAGUUAAUUUUAUUGAAUAAAUUUACGGUCACAGAGCAAAAGCAAACGGUUCCCCUAUCAUGUCUCUAGUGAUGGUAGUUGCAUUUAAUCAGUUUAGCAGGCUGUCUGUCAUAUUUCAUUGAGUAUUUAAAAUGAAAAUGAAAUAUAGAUCAUAAAUGUCCUAAUGUGGAGGAAGUCUUUACCUGAAGGAAUGUGGAUCCGGUCGUCUAGAGAUAAAACUUCAAAACCUUUGAGUAUAAAAUGGCCUAAUGAACCAAUCAAAGCCCUCGGUAUUUAUUACUCAUACGGUAUCAAACUUUUGCACUAAAAAAAAUUUAUUGAGAGAUUGGACAGUGUCAAAUAAAAUUAAUCAACAUUUGGUCUUCAAGAGGUCUUUCUAUCUAUGUAAAAGUAACAAUUAUCAAGUCUUUAAUCAUACCAAAAUUUGUUUACAUUUCCUUGCUUCUGUCGGUCUCCAAGAAAAUCGUUAAAGGGUUAAAUCAAAUGAUAUUUAAAUUUUUGUGAAAAGGAACGGAUGAAGUGACAAGACUUUCCACAUUAACGGAAUAUGAAAGCGGUGGUUUAAAAAUGAUCGAUCUGGAAAGUAUGAUUAAAUCUUUACGACUAGCCUGGCUGAAAAGGAUCUUCCAGUGCAGCAAUGGUGCUUGGAGAAGCUUUUUACGGUUUUCUUUGGAACCUUUUGGGGGCCUCUUUUCAUUUCAUUGUAAUUAUAACAUUAAAGAGAUACAUAUUUCCUCUAAUUUCUAUUCGGAGUUACUUCAAUGGUGGUCUGAGUUUCGUAGUGUUUUCGAUAGUAGAAGGGAAUGUCAAUACAUUUUGUGGAAUAACAAAGAGAUACGUGUUGAUAAUAAGCCUGUUUUCUAUAAAAAAAAAAAAAAAAAAACUUUUUGAACUAGAUGUCAUUUUCGUAAAUGAUCUCGUUUGUUUGAAUUAGACACCACAAAUUCUUUUACUAUUAUUUCGAAUAAAAUUAGCAAGAUUAACUACCUAAUUUAGGCAGGACUUCGUCAUCCUGUUCCAAAACAUUUAAAGAAUAGCAAUUGUCUUCGCUCAGAAAUAAGCUUAAUAUUGACAAUUGAUAACAAAAAAUUUGAUAUAUUAGAAAAGAAAUCUAAAGAUUACUACAUGCUAAUUAAAAGAAUAAUUGCCCAGUGUCCAAAAAACUCCAAACACUUGUGUCAAGAUUUCAAUCUAACCCAAGACCAGCUGAAAAAAGUAUUCCUUCUUCCACAUGAGGUAGCGUUUGAACCUUAUCUAAAAGGUUUUCAAUACAAAGUCCUUAAUUCAAUUUUAUUUACCAAUCAAAAGUUAUGCGAAAUAGGUUAUAUUCAAGAUGAUAAAUGUUCACUAUUCAAAACGGAUUCGGAAUCCCUUUACCACAUCUUUUUCGAAUGCAGACACACCAAGCAGUUUUGGAAGGAAUUUCAAUAUUACUAUUACACAUUGACGAGAGUAUUCGUCUGUCUGACCUUACAAGACGUUAUUACAAGAAUAUUAUAUACAAAUUGCCCUUUACUGAAUUAUUUGAUAUAUUUGAUACUGAUCGCUAAACUAUACUUAUGGGAUUGUAGAAGUAAUCAAACUCUUCCAGUCAUAACUGCCUUUUCAUCCAAGGUUAAAAUUAAGUAUGAAACAGAAAAGUAUAUAUGUGUUAAAACUAAUAAUAUGGACAAAUUUCAUAAGAAGUGGGCUCUGCCUUUGGACUCUGUACCCUAGUGUCGUUUGUACUUAGAACGUAUUUUUCUUUUUUUUUGUAUAAUUACUUUUAAUUAUCGUUAAAGUUCAUAGUGUAAUGUAAUGUAAUGUAUUUGCAAUUUAUUGUAACGUAAUAUCAUGUAAUGUCAUGUAACGUUAGUAUUGUAACGCUGUGGAGUAUUUAAUAAAAGUUUGAAAAGUUAAAAAAAAAAAAUCUUUACCUUUUUAUAAAUGUCAGAGACUGGAUUUUUACAAUUAUGUAAUUUCUUUUCACAGGACGCUACUUUUACUAAAGUUUAUAACUCAACUCCACAUGUGUUUGUUUCCGCCAAUCAUUCCACCAAAAAUGGAAGUCAGAGUCCAAUUCAUAACAGCAUAGCUGAGUGGGUAGAGGUAUGUUUUAUUUCUUUAUUUACUUGUUUAUUUUUUCCUUUUUUAUGAAUUUCUGUAACAUACCACUUGCAACCACAGUUACAUGUGGUGUGUGCAUGUUUAAAAACCUUAUGAAGAUACGAAUGACUAUAAUAAACACUCUCUCUCUCUCUCUCUCGUCCUGUUGAGCAUAACAGCUUAUAAAAUAUAUACCAAACGUGCGAAAAACAGCACAAAAGUUAAAUUUUAUCCGUUUAACUAACGAUGAGGCCGGGGGGAACUUCGGUUAAUGUUUGCUGGUAUGUGCCGCUGGCCUCUCAGAGUCCCUACCCCGUUACAGUCUAUUGUUUGGCCAAUUAUAUACCCCAUCUUAGUCACUUUUUGGAAAAUGUAAUUUUCGCGAUGCCAAUGUCCAUUUAUGCAUCUACCUUAUCAAUGUGGUUUCAAGCGGCGGAAUGUAAUGCGGUCAAUGCGAGCUUAUUGUUAAAUUUAACAAACAACAACGUUCUAAUUUUUUAACCGAGGAUCCUCUCAUUAGCCAAAAAAUCCGUAAAUUUUCGACCCCAUUCAAGUAAAUCUAUUAAAAAUGCGACCCCAUCCAGCGGAUCAUCCCUAUUAGUCUCUUGUUAGGGGGUAAACCCCCCCGGGGGAUCAGGCAUAACCCUAGUAAAAUAGCCAUGAAUAUUAUGGAAAGUUGUUAAACCUGUGUUUAAAAAAAGCUGUGUAGCUGUAUAGAGGAAGGUAAGCCUCUGUUUUGUUUUUCCGGCAAACAAAUGUUGUCAACCAAAAGCAAUGAGAAACUAAAAUUGAUGUUAAGCAAGAGAGAAUGAGCUAAGAGAGCGAAUCCCUGUGCCCCAUGAUGAUUAUUUGAAAUCUAUUGAAAGUUCGCACGCGUGCGAUGAAGGUUAUUUUUAUCUGCUGUUUCCGUGACGCGCGCGGUCUACUUUCCCGUGAACGCGACAUAUUUCGCCGCCAAACAUUUGAAGUUUGGCAGCAGUUAUAGCAAUUAUCGCAUGAGAGGUUUAAGUUGUUGACAUGUAAUAACGCGCACCUAAUUGUCCAUUAGCUCUUUCCUCUUCCCUAUGAAGCCCUGUCAUGCAAACUUGUUGAACAUGGUUGAACACUUCUUAACAUGCGUCAAACUGAGAAAUAUGGAAAAGGGUUCUAGUCAAGACCUACAUGAACUAUUCUAUAGUUUUUUCUACUAGCAAGGGAGAAAAAACGCGGUCAGCCUUCCGUUUGAACUACUGAGUGAGCUGAUAAACAUCGAUUUCUUGCAGUACAUCAACAAGACAGGCUUUCGUGCUUGUGUCAAAGAAUUAUAUGAAGCAAAGUAUGACCCAGUGUUAGUAACGUACACAGUCUUGUCAGGUAAGAGCCCUACUGCUACAAAACUAAUAAACUUCAUUGCUUACUAACUCUCUGAAUAACUUAUAAGGAAUACGAGCAAUGCACAAAAAGAAUGUGCGGAAACUGAAGCAAGUCAAAAAAAUUGCAUUCAGGUGAUGAUGAAAAACAACGUUCAUCCCUUCUUCCAAAUACAUAUAAAUGUGUAUAAUGGAGUGCUUUAUAAUACUUGCAGUUGUUCUUGUGUUAUGUAUCACCUUCAUUGUGUCCUGAACAAAAAGCUUCUGCUUUCCCAUUUCCUUUUGUAAUCGCCAAAAAAAAAAUAACCAAAAUGUUCGAAGUACAUAAAGGGACGGACCAUUAGAAAACUUAUUGGGGGGGCGAAGUACAAAGAAAAUAUUCGCGCAAGGGAAAGUUAAAUGAAAAAAAAAACAUGCACGCCAAUUAACCCUAAAAAAAUAUUAAUGCUACAGCCUGAAAAAUCCAUUAUACAAGGAAUUUGAUAACGAAAAAAAAGUUCUGCGGCUCAAAAAUUCCCCACUCCCCACAACUUUUCUAAUGGUCCGUCCCCAACUGCACCUAAAAGCUAUACAUUUUAAGCAAUAUCAUUUUGCAGUUCACUAAUUCCUACUUUGUAUACGCGCAGACAUCUGUCCAUCUGGAUGGGAUUACUUCAAUGGAUACUGCUAUUUAACAAGCACUGUAUGCGCACCUUGGGUGACUGCUCUGUCCAACUGUUCAGCAAUGAACUCACAUCUGGUAACAGUGCACAACCAAGAAGAAAAUGCCUACAUUCAGCACCGUCAUAAUGGAGAGCGAUCAUGGAUUGGACUUAAUGACCGAAGCGUUGAGGGAUCAUUUGUCUGGACAAACAAGGAAAUAACCAGUUUUUGGUUCUGGGCUCCGCACCAACCAAACAACAGGAAAAAGGAAGACUGUGUUCAUACUCUGGGUGCCAAUAAUGGCUAUACUUGGAACGAUGUGUCCUGCGAUAACUGCUAUAACUAUACUUGUGUUCAAGGUAAAAGCGGUCAUUAGGUCCAUUUACAAAAUGCAACUUACAUAAAACGGUUCUGCUUUCUCCUUGAAGUUGUCACCUGAAUUAAACUGAUGUAGCGGGUUGUUAUUCACUGCAACACUGAUACUUUUUGGUAGGAAAGGUGGUAAUGUCACCAAAACAAUAAUAACAUAAAAAACCAUUAAGCGCGCAUUACUGUACUGCCUCUUUUCAUUUCAUGUUUCCAACUUGAGACUCUGAUACCCAUUCACUGGAGAAGUAGAUUUUUAAAAGGAGGCAUGGUAGGCCGUUUUUUUAGAUAGUCUUUGAGCUGUUCAGUUGUGGGGUGAAAAUACUAGGUCGAGUGUUUGAUAUAGCCUGUCAAAUGUUUCUUGAAGAAAUGUAGGACGUAGUUAAUAGAACAGACAGGUUAUGAAACCCGGCAAACAACGCUACUGAAGUUUAAGCUUGGAGCUCCCGGAUGGUGUACAAUCUUUUCUUUUUUUGUUGUUCACAAAAUAACUGUAACUGAAUAUAUUAGUUAAUGCCACGUUUUGGUGAGAAAAACCAAAGGAAGUUGAUUGACCACUCCAACAUUACUGUAGAACGGCAUCUCAAUCAUAAUGGCCUUCAUUUAAAUAAAAUUAGGAACCUCUCAACUUGCUCGUAAUUUUUAAAAAUUUAUUAAGCAUGAGGAUUAGGAUACUGCCGUUUACGAGCCUGAAAGACAAGUGCUGAAGGAUAAUAAGUGUCAUGUUACCACAAGGGGUAAGUCUUAUAAUAUUGGUAACAACUCCUUCGGCCGAGGCUUGGUGAUGGCGUCUCUUAACAUAAAUAGCUUGUUAGCGCAUAUUGACCAGCUUCGAGAAGUUAUGUCUAACUCUGAAAUUGAUAUACUCUCUAUCAGUGAAACGAAAUUAUACUUACCCGGUUUUGAAAUAACAAGGAAAGAAAAAGUUGAACGGGUGCAAUGGAGGUGGUGUUUGUAAGUGUGUGCUGUGAAGACUUAAGCACGGAAAAUCUUGAAUGUUUUAAGUUCUAGAAUUUUUUAGAUUUCUAUUUUUUUCUUCAAGAGUAUUCAUGAGUUCAAGUUGAGAAUAUAGUAAUCUCGGUAAAUAUUCAUAUAGAACGUUAUAACUGACUAUAGAACAAGAUGACUGAAUGAAGCGUAAUUUCUUCCAGAAAUUGACGAAUGCACAACUAACUAUCACAGAUGUGAUGUGAAUGCUGCUUGCCAGAAUACCGUGGGCUCAUACAAAUGUACUUGCAAAGCUGGAUACUCUGGAAAUGGCCGCAAAUGCGUUGGUGAGUACUGAAGUUUGCUUUAAACAUCUUCUGUCGUAAUUUUUCUCUGUGUCAAGUUUAUAUAUAGACUAAAUAAGGAUGUUGUUUGUUAAUAAAAAAGUAGUUUCCGUGUCUUUAGUAUCUUUUUAAGGACAUCAUACCGUAUUUACAAAUACAUUAAUUUAGGUACAUGAAAAGUUCGGCAUCUUAAUCAAUUGGGCCCGGUUCAGACACCGCACCAGUCAUGUCCCGAACCUAACUGAUAAAUUAAGUACGGCAAAAGAGCGGCGUUUAAAUCAAUUUGGUAUGGCCGUUUUAAUUAGGUGCGGUAGAAACGUCUGAAGAUCAACAGAGUCUGUCGCAUUAUUCGACAUUGCAGCGGCAUGUGAUUCAUACGGCGUUCCUCUUAAGUGCCGAACCUAAUGCAUCAGGGGCACCGAACGAGAAUAUAGUUCAAAACCACUUAAACAUAGCAUUGUUAAACGUAAUUUAGUAUUUAAACUGUAGAUAUACGCAUAUUUUUAUCCCUUAAAAAGUUCUCAUCUGUUCGGAUUUCCUAGCUGAAAGUCUAGUGAUCCGAAAAUUAUACGGAUCAAAACCUUUUCGAAAAUAUCACCCAGAAAAAGGGCUCCCGAAAAUUCUAGGUGACAUUUUUAGGGUAAAAAUCCGUUAAAAAUGGGCAAUUAUACCACUUUUUAGAUGUUCGAAAAUCCUAGGAGAGGCAGGCAAGCGAGAAAUUGUACAACAAAUGUUCCGAAAAUCGUCUUCCGAACAGAUAUUUUCCGAAAGUUAAGAAAUGGUAAACGUGCAGCGUGCAACCAUGGAGUUAUGGAUGCACGCGGGAGGUUGCUAAGCACGAAAGAAGCAUAUCGCCUCGUGCGACUCUAGCUUCUUGAGUGCUUAGCAAGCCUCCCAAGUGCAUCCAUGAUUCCAUGGUUGCACAGCUGCAACGUUUACCAUUUCUUUUAUAACAUAAUCAAAGGAGAAAAACAUUAUUUUCCAUUUGCCUUCGGCUGAGUCAUCGGUACGAGUUCAUGUAUGCUGCCAUCUGCCCGCGCGUAAACAAAUCAUGUUCAAUGUUUUUCAUAAACUUGCCUUUGAGUUUUUCUUCCGCUGAAUCAAUCGUUCUCCGUCUUCAGGUAAAUUGCAAAACGUUUUUCGUUGUUAUUCUGAAUGGCAUCUUUCUACUUGCUCUUAAUAUUAGGGUAAAAACUUUGAGGGAACACUAAAGCUGCAAAUAUAAACACCACUGAACUAAAAAGACUUUAAAAAAUAAGCUAAAACUAAAUAAAUGAAAUAAUUAUCAAGCUUAUUUGUGUGACAAUUUUUGAAAUAAACGUAAAGUAGAAAUGAGAAAAUUUGACUGUAAUUCCUUUAGAAUAACAGGUAAAACUAAUUUUAAAAAGAAAUUAACUAGCUUUGUAUCGAAAUCUGUCUAGGGAAAUCCAGCUAUGAAAGUUAAAGUUGCAACUGAAAUUCGCCGACACACAGCCGGCGCUGAAGCUGUUGUUUUUCGACCGUUCUCUGAACGACUGUUAUGAAUGAACACUGAGGAACAAAAUAAUACACACAGAAGUUAUUUUUUGAAAUUUAUUUGAAAACCCAAAUGUUUCUGUACUCAAAUGACAUUCACUUAUUCCAGCGUAAUGUGCCCGUUUAAACUCAACUAAAAUUUUUAAUCGAUGCGAUGAACUUCACAACAAAGCUGUCUCGAAUUUGAGCGUGUUUCCUAAAAUAUUUGCUUGAAUUUAGCAUCAGCUUGACCAAAAAGUCAAUAACACAAUGCUAAUUGAUAAAUUUGCAUUUCGAACAGACUUUCUCUUCUUUAAAAAAGACACACAAUGAAAUGUACCUUAAAUCUUCGCUCGCUCGAUUUUCCUUCAGCCGAUUCUACCCGCGAGGAAAACAGUGAUUAAUUCAUCCAGGGCAAAUUUGUCGCUUGAUCUUUUGUCUUUUUUCCUUCAAAACGUCAGCUUAGUAUUUUCUUCAACUUCCACUUUUCAUCUGUGCAUUUUAUCGGUGUAUUUUACCGUCAGGAGAGGAGAUUUGUUGAAUUUACCUAAAUUUUACCGCGCUAGCUCAGUUUCUUGGCGUACACCCACGGGCAAAUGGUAGUGGCUGACUAACCAAUCAAAGCGCGCGAUUUACUUUUGUUAUGUUAUAAUUGACGUUCAGGGUGGAAAAAAGUAAUGAGCAUGGGUGAACUUUUUUGCCCAGAUCCCCUGGCCGGGUUUGAAAAAAUGGCGGGAUUUCAAAUAUUUUAUUUUCUAAAAAUAAAAUGUUUCCACUCAUAACCUGGAAAGAACGGGCAAUUUGUCUUCAAAAGUUGCAAGCUGUGGUUAUAACCUUGUCGUUACUUAAUUUUCUCGAAGAAUUCCUCAUAGGAAAACGGACUUAAACGACAUUAAUUUCCUUGCGUUGUAAGGGAAGUGUGCAUGCGUAGGUCCGAGUUUUUUCAAGAUGCAUUCACAAAAUGUGCUCAUAUAAGGAAGUUCCUGGAUAUAUAAGGUCCGGAGCUCCACUGUGGACACAAAAACAACAUAUCUUUGGACAGUGAUUUGCCCAAAAAAAUUAACACUUGCCCACGAUGUGUUUGAAGUCACUGAACUUUGUCGCACUCGAGCUGAUAUUUUAAAACCGUCGCUCGAUCGGACACUCGUAGUUUCGCAGAUCACUAAAAUAUAAACAAAAUCCUCAAUGUAGAAGUUAUUGUGUUGAUAUGUGGGCAGAAGAAAGGUCAAUCUUAAUCUAGUAAAAUCUUCCCAAAAAUCGGUUUCAAAGCAACUAUAUAGUUCUUUAACUUGCUCGUUUCGCGCAGAUAUAUAAAUUUUGCUUUGUGUUGUCAAGUUGAACACGCAUAACAUCUGUCAGAAACCUACGCGUAAGUAGGAUUUCGUUGGAACAAAGUUAAAGCUACAUUAUUUCAAAAACUUCUUGCUGACAAUGAACAAAUGAAUUUUCUGUAAGAAAACAACCUACCUAAAGAUCUUAAAAGCAAAGGAUCAGUUGCAACUUGGCAGCCAGGCCAUGAUUCACCAUUUAGCUAUUUUCAAUAAGCUUAACUGGUCCAUGCGAGGGUCUUCGUGUAAGCAAAUUAAACUCAGCCGAUCAUUAGAAAGUACAGAAAAUUGCACAUAAGGGUUUGUUUUGCUCGCCUCAGUCAAAUCCAGCUGCAGCAAUUGUUUACGGAAAAAGAGUCAAUUGUUUUGAAGUCACUGCCAGCAGUUGUCGUUCUCUACUUCUCAGCGAACUCGAGUGAAAAGGACAAUUUGCGUACAGAAAGUUAUUCUUAUAAAGAACAGAAACUUUCACAGUGCACUGGAAAACAAAACUAUGUAAUGAAAAAUGAAAAAAACUCUGACUAUUAUUACUUGAGCAACAGAAAAAUGAUCUUGAGUAAGCUUGCUAGCCUUCUAUUUCCGAAAAAGUUUAAUAAGCGCACAAGUUUGUUCACUCUGAUGCGUUAUAUUACAGCAAUAUGGUUCUUUGACUGAAGACAAAGAUAAAGCUGGUUCUGCAAAGGUAAUAAAUCUGGGCAUGUAAAAAAAGUAACCGCAACUACUAAUGACAGAAUACCAGCGGGUUUUUAUUCAACCCGGCUAAGUCAACUCAUAAAUUAAUCGGUUGCACAAUCAGGAAAAAUACUCGCCUCUUUAGAAAUGUUCAAAACCUUUUAUUCCACCUAAGACUGACGGAAUGAUCCGUUUUUCCUUUAACAUUGGUUGUUCUGAAUCCAAAGUAAUUUUCAAGCGACGAAAAAAACAGCAAACAUGUCAAAUAAAAAAGGUUUUACAGGGAGCAAACGCUCGCACCUCGUGCAUUUUUUAACUCAACUCCAGCAGCAAACAAGCACAGUCAGCGCAGUCAACACACAGAAAGUUCCCGCCUUGAGCCUGCGAUAGGCGAUGCGCAGAAGCUUGCGCAGAACGUUUUUCCGCCCUGAAUAAUUGGCGUUGGGUGCCCCUGAGGCAUACAUGCAUACAUUGAAUUUAUAAUUUUUUGCCCCCGCAGGGAUUUCGCCCAGGGGCGAAAUCCCGAGGAGGCACCCUAGUAACUCGCGCGUAUAUUAAGGACAGUACUUACAGUUCAAAUAUACAGUCAGUAUACUAGAAAAAAUCUCGAUUUGCUCGAACUGGGACCGCGAGGAAUCGGUAGGUAAUGAUGACCUUUCUAUUGUUUGCGCCCGCUAGUACGAAAUGGUUAGGAUGACGUAAAGACAGAAAAUCCCGAAGGGACCGCUCAGGUAGAUUUUGUGACAUUUAUUGUGCAUUCAUACUUCGAUACUCUUUUGCGUUACGCAGUGACAUUCUGUGGAGCAGUUGUUUUGAAAGUUAUGGACCAAAAGACACUCAUUAAGUGCAGGGGAGGUUAUAGGGUGCGUUUAAGUGUGUAGAUAUAUAAACAAUUUUUCCAGACACGAGUUCACAAAUCUUUGAUUUAUAUUGGAAACCUUGCCAGACACUCUUUCUCUCUCUUUGACCGGAAUAAGACUCAGCCCCAAACGAGUAAGACGAAUGAACAACGGCUAGCUUAUCACUAGCAGAUUGAUGGACAUUUACAGAAAUUCGCCGACAAUCAAAUUCUGUGCUGACUUGUUCCCUGCUCACAGAUGUCCAUCCAUUAUAAAGUUUCAAAUAAGACUAGAAUGCGCUAGAGUGAAUCGAUCAAACGUCCUUUUAAUUUCUAAGGCUUACUUUCCGGCAAAUAAAAUGAACUGAUUGUAAAAAGGGAAAGAGAAAGCGAAAAAUUCAACUUCUAAUUAAAUCUUUUCUUAUGGUUUAGAAUAAACUAUUCUCGAAACUGAGAAUGUUUUGAUCAAAGCUGUGUAAGUCGAGCUGAAACUGUGCAUGGAACGUUGCGUUUCCUGUAUUAAUUUAUCUCACCUAUUGUAUGGAAUAUGUGUGAAAAUCUUCAUUAUGAAUCGGUAUAUUUCAAAGAGCUACACAACCAGCAAGAAUACUAUUGAUCGACAAUAUACAGAGCGGGGGCAGCUGUAGUGUCAACUAUUACUAGUCCUACAAUACCGCUCGUUUUUACGUAGUUGCCAUGCCCAGAACACUAAAUUGAGAAAAAAGGCGGGUGAAAAAGAACAAUCUUGCUCCUCUUGCUUUAAGAGUGCAAAAUAUACUUGUUUACGGUGCCAGGGAUACUUCUGUGUCCUUUGUUCUGUCUUCGAGAAUGAUGAAAGGUCAAACUGUCAAGCGGCUGGAAAGCAGGCAGUUCAGUCGCAUAUUGUGAGCCAUGUUUCCGAGAAGUUAUGGAGGAGCAAGAAAAGAUCGAAUGUAAUGAUUCAAAUGAAUUUGGCAAAAAAAGAGAUCUACAGAAGCAAGAAGAAUGGUGUUCUACAAAGUGGAAAUCAAUUAUGGCGUGAAAAUAUGGUAUCUAACCCAGGCUUUUCUCUUUCUCCAUACAUGAAAUAAAGAUCAGGAUCGACACACGGUACGCCGUGUGAAUCAGUUGCCGCGUCAACGUCGCUCCAAAGUCGGACCUAAUUCAACUAGGUUCUGCACGUAAUUAGUGGAGCGGCUUCUGAACCGAGCCUUAGGAACGCCUAUUUCAAUUUGGAACUGUUCAGCCGUUUUUCCCGCUUAGCUCGGCCAGGAAUUUCGACUUUGGAGCGACUUUAAUUCAGACACCGAACUUUUCGUGUGCCGAACCUAAUGCAUAAAUUAUUAUAACGUAUGUUACAAGCAGUUUGAAGGAAAUGAGCAUUUUUCUCCUUUUUAAUUUAGUUGGCUGGAAUUAAGCGCGGCAUCUGAAUCAAUUCAGCCUGUCUAAAUAAUGUUGGUCGGCCUCAAUUCGAAUUAACGGGGCCUAACGCAUUCAUCUUUUUCAUUUUUCAGCAGUUUUAGAAAACUGCCAUAUUCGUAUCAGUCAUCGCUUUCCUUUGUAACGUAGAGUGAAAAGAAAAUGACAAUAAAGAAAGAAACGCAAUUUAAUUUAUGUUUCCCUCUUUUUUUCAAAUAAAGACGAGUGCAAAAGUAAUACCCAUAACUGUGACAGAAAUCUGCUGUGUAAAAACACUAAGGGGUCUUUCAUCUGCACCUGUAAACCUGGUUACAAAAGAGAUGGCAAGAAGUGUAAACGUAAAUAUUUCAGUACCAAGAUCUUCGCAUUCGCUGCAUUUCAGUAAUAAUUGAUUAGUCAAACACAUUAAAUUGAGUCUUAGCUAUGAACUGGAACUAGCCUGCAGUACAAUUAAGCUUAAGCGGGGGGAUUCUGUUCACAGGCAAAUAGUCAUAUAAUAUUUCUUCAUUAGCCGGUAAUUAAUUAACAGGAAUCACUUCUCGUCUGAAUGUAUGAAGCAACACUCGAGGUCCUCUCCUGGAAACCAUAGCAUGUAUAUUGUCGCCAUUAUUUGCUUUGAAAGAGAUUGCAAGUUUCAUUGAUUAACAGAGCUCUGCAAAGCUCUUCUCUUUUGUUUUCAGUAUUCGAAUUGUUAAGGUUAUUGACCCUUGCGGUAUCCUUGGCCAUUUAUAAUAUAUUUCUAAUUAUCAAACAUGUUUUGCUUUCUUCAUUCAAAGCUUACAGGAACAUUACAUUAGGAUACUGUCUUCAAGCGAGGCGUGAAGUGGAUCAUUAAAUUGUUGAUGCCUAUUUUGUUGUAGCGACACGAUCCUGCAAAGAAAUCAAGGACUUAGGUAUCCCCAAUGGCGACGGGGAGUACUGGAUUGACCCUGGAAGGACUAAAAGUCCUUUAAAGGCAUAUUGUGACAUGACAACUGACGGAGGUAAGGUUUGACUCGAAGAUGACACCUUCUUGGGGCUGGUACGUUGAUCAGUAAUACCCUGCGUUCCACAAAGGAUCCAAAUUGCGCUAGAAUGUUUUCUUAUUCGGCCCCCUUUUUAUCUCUGGUAAGGCACUGUAAAGCUGAUUCACUUACGAAGAUUCGAGGGAGAACUAUUCCUUGAGGUUAUUCUGAUUUCGCAGUCACCUGAAAACAGACCUAGAAUCAGGUCCGCUCGCUGACGCCAUGCUACAAUCUACAAGGUCUCAAGAACAGAAAUUACCCAUUAAACGGCCUCUCCUUUCGAAGAUUGCAUGCAUUUCAUUAAAACAGGUACAUAUAAAAAGAAUAUUGUUAGUUUCUCCCAUUUAGCGAGCUCAAAUCGACGCAUAAAACUAAGGUGACGUGCACGUGUCAAUUGACCCUGGGAUCAAUUAGCAGUUGUUUGGGGAAAAAUAACCUCAAAAUAAUCAAUCUAUUUCACAAGCGUUCGCAAGAACACCAGACUAACUUUCAGAUAAUGUUGAAGUACUAUAUCUCAUUGGGUAGUAACCCGGAUUUGGGGUGAUUUGGAGAAUUCCCCCAUAUAGAAAAUUCGAUUUUGGUUUUAGCGUUAAAUUGUUGUAUUUAUAAGCAUUAUGCAGAUUAGGUUUCAAAAUUGUGCUCGUUUGUCGAUAUUUUAUUCUCUAAAUCUAAAAAAUGUGCCGUUUAGAAAUUGUUAGAUAUUUGUUUUUUGAGAUUAAAGUGGAAGAUUGCCAAUAUAUUCGCUCGUUUAUGAAAGUCAGCUCAUUUCUGUCGGUGGGCUGUAUUCCCGUGUUCGGCGGCUAAUUUUAGGCCCGCAGACCGUUGAAAUCGAAAAUCUCAAAUAAUUCCCAAACUCGGUAGCCUGCGUGCAGACGAUAACUAAACUCUGAUUAGGAGUUAACCGGAGUUUAAUUUCGUCUGCGCGCAGGUUACAAACUCGGCCGCACUUUGAAAUUUAAACCUCAGCAGUGUUAUAAACUCAUUAAAACCUUAUUACAGACUGAAAAUGAGGGUAGGUUAGGUUUUGAGCUGUGGCCACGGCUUGCUCGGUUUUUCUGUACAUUCGCUCUUAAUUAGGUAAAAACCUCUAUUUUCGUUUUUCCUCAUUUUCUCGAAAACUAUAGAUUCUUGAAAGUUAAAAAUAUUUUUUCGAAGAUAGUUCCCCAAAGGGGUUUUUCUGACAAAUUAUCACACAAAAUUCACAUCGAUAAUUUAGUCCUUACUUGCAAAACUAGGCUUUGUAUGACAAUUAGCAAUUAUUGGAUGAGGUUGAGUAUCAUCUGAUAAUUAUGCAGGCCGAGAAGGGUUCGGCUUCGGCGAAUAACACCCCAGUGAGAGUAUCCGGUUAAUGACUUUUAUAGUACAGGCUAUCGCCAGAAACUAUGGACAGCAGCAGAGACGCCUGAGUACGAGUUAGCUCAGUUGUUUUGCGUAUUGCCAGAGAAUUUUACUGGUUUUGUCAAGAAAAAAAAAAAUACUCGAUCUACGACUUAAAAACAUAGCAAAAACAGCAAAAAUACAACUCGACGGAUAGUAUCUGCUAAUUGAAGAAUAACUGUAAGAAUAAGCAUACCGUUAUAUCCUGAAUUUGCCGAGGAACAAAUUCACGCGAGAGCCAUUAGUUUAUCAGUUUUUCUUGUAACUGUCAAGUGUUACCAUGGAGAAGUUGUUUGAAUGAAUAAUAAUAUGCGCUUUUUGCGCCAAGCCUCCUUUUAGUGUCAACUUGAGACUAGCACCCUCUUAGCGAGUCACAAAUUUCUUAGUCCAGGGUUCUUACUUCUGUACAAUACCGCAAACGAGCCCCAUUAACAACCGCAAGUGAUCCCGUGAAAAGUAGAGGAAUGGAGUGGAUUUUAGACAUAGAUGGUGAAUGUGCUGAGAAUCUGCACAUCGCCUCGAACAAUGAAAUGAAUAAAACUAUAAAUAAUCAAACUGUUUCUUUUGGUAUUUUUUUUCUCCUUUUUUAGUCAAGAUGUUACGUUGCUUUGAAAUUUUAAGACAGGAAGGACGUUAAGAAGGAAACUUGUCUUUCAUUUUAACGCCUAGGAAUAGGGAAAUAUGACCACUUUAUUUAUCACUGUGUAGAGGUUUUCGGUUUAUUUCGAAAGACACUUUGCAUCUACAGCUCAUGAAAAUGUCUCGUCUGGUGGUAACGACCCUGUCGUUGCAAACCUGUGUAUUCAUUUCUAGUGUCUUUGCUACUGGAGAGCGCCCCUGGAGAGCGCCCCUAAAAACGCCUGCGUGGGAGGCUACUGGAGACAAAGACAGUUACAAAGAUACGAAAUCAAGGGAAGAGAAACAAAGGAACGAUUAAAUGGAAUUCUCCUAAUGGGGUUGUACUAGCCGGUGAGCUUUUAUCUGGGGUCGUUUUCAGAGACUUUCGCCGUUACAAGAGGAUCGUUUACGGUCGGAAUCAGUUGCGGUACUGUAAAGUUCGCCUGAGUUAUAUUUAACAAUGAUUAGGCCCACGCUGAGUUUCCGCCGUGUGAAUUAUUUUUGAACUAAACAUUACUGCUUCUUUUGGCCCACAUGACUGAUAAACCAAUGAUAAACAUUUAUCGAAUUUCAGGGGGAUGGCUUCUUGUAUCCAACGUUGUUUCGCACGGUUCUUCAACGACUCAGUUGCCAGUUAAGACAUCGUACCGCGGAGUAAGCAGCAAAGAGAUGUUACUCACAAAGAGUGCCAUGAAGGAGCUGAGAAAGCACUUGCAUUUCACUCAGAUAAGAUUUUACUGCAAGAAAGGAGGAGGUCGUACAUUUCACAUCACCACAGCUGCUAACAGCAAAGGUGAAGCUGCUGUAAAAUACUUCAGUGGUGAGACAGAUGUGAUGCCUGGCUCUUGUGGCUCGUUUGUGAUCAUGAGCAAUGAUAACUCGCGGUUAUCAAGAGCCUGCAAAGAUUGGGGUUACGAAAACGGUUCUAGCAAAAUAGGCAAAUGGGGGGCACAGAGCGUUCAGACGAGAUUAUACGACCACACUGCUUUUGUAUGGGCAGCUUACCACUGGCUUCUUGAACCGUCUGGCAGAUGGGAAUGCGACGAUUAUAAUGUGGGAGUGUCACGUGGCGAUUUUUGGAAAAUCUUCGUGCGAUAG